AAAUUCAUUUAACGGAAACAAAAUUAUUUUGCAUGAGCUCUUCACGAUUUUUGAUAAAGAGGCUAGAAACUUGAAACUGUAACGAGUUUUAAUGAAAACCGUAACAUUUAUUUGGAAUUCAUUGCUAAGAAAGUAAGGAAGUAUCUCUUUGUGUAUUGGAUGUGCUCGUGACUGUUUCAAUAUCGUAGCUUUACCGCGUCGUAAUCUGUGGUCGCUGAUUUAUCAUAUUCAUCAUUAUCAUCAUUAUCAUUAUCGAUAUUCUUCGACCGCUUACAUCACAGGAAGACGCUAAUCGCUCUUGGCUACAACGGUGUGUGUCGUCCAAAAAAAAAAAAAAAAAACAAAAAACAAAAAACAAAUAAAUAAAAAAAAAAUAGCACGUGCUUCUACUAUUUGUUUUUGUUUUUCUUUCUCUCGCCUGUGAAAGAAAGCAGCAAAAAAAUUGGCAGCUGUUCGCUGUCGUGCUAUUGUAUCGAAGUGACGUGAAUAGUGCAAUUCGUUUUCUUACCGCUGACUUAUGCUAUAAAAUAUGUCUUUAAAGAAAGAAACACCAUCGGACGUUUUGCUACAUUUGGCCGCAUUGCGUGGCGAUGAUAUUACAUUGAGACGUGUCUUGGAUAGCGGUAAAGUUCAUGUGGAUUGCAAAGACGAGGACGGCACCACUCCACUGAUUUUAUCAGCUGCCGGGGGUCAUACGCCUUGCGUGUUAGAAUUACUUGAUCAAGGAGCAGAUCCGAAUGCGCGGCGAGCAACUGGUACUACGCCGCUUUUCUUUGCUGCUCAAGGCGGUUACUUGGACGUAGUUAAAGUUCUUAUAAAAGCCGGUGCAAGUGUGGAUACGCCCUCAAUUGAUGGAGGAACUCCAUUAUUUGUGGCAGCUCAAGGUGGUCAUGUGAAGUUAGUUAAGGAGUUAUUGGAUUGUGGAGCCAAUGUUAACGCUUAUAUGAAAGAUCGAGCUACGCCUGUAUUUAUAGCGGCUCAAAAUGGUCAUCGUACAGUUCUGUCGCUACUAUUAACCGCUGGUGCAAGCUCGGACACAAAGCGCAUAGAUGGAGCCACACCGCUCUGGAUAGCGGCCCAAAUGGGUCACGAUCAUAUUUGUAAAGUAUUAUUACAACACGGUGCCAAUGUCGAUGCAGUGCGAUGUGAUGGAGCUACUCCGUUAUUUAAAGCGGCUCAUAAAGGUCAUGCUGCGGUAGUAACGGAAUUGCUUAAACAUCGUCCUAAUUUGGGCUUAUUACCAAAUGGUGAAACAGCUCUACACGCGGCCGCUAUGUUUGGUCACAUGACUGUUGUUAAACAAUUGAUUGCUGCUGGCAGUGAUAUUUUAUUGAAAAACCACGAUGGCCUUACAGCUUUACAGGUCGCUCGUCAACAGAAAUACACCUCGAUAUGUGAUUAUCUACAGGAACGUAUACGAUUAUUAGCUCGUACAGCACAAAGUUAAAGAAAGGGUUCAAAACCAUCCACAAAAAAGAAAAAAAAGAACAAAGCGAAAAAAGCGAAAUUUCGAGUAUGAACGAAGAAAAAACAGGCAGCAAGCAGAGCUUACUUAUUAUAAUUGAGCUUUUCUCAGAUAUUUAUAAAUAUUUGCAGCUUUAAGUACCUCUUUUUAAGUCAGUAUCCUAAUGUUAACUAACUAUUCGAAACAC